ACCAAGGCAAAGGGAUGUUCCCAAAAAGCUGUUGGACAUUUCAAUGCCCUUGCGCCCAGGUUUGUUCCGUGCGCACGCCUUCUCCGUCCAAGCAUUUUUUUUUAUCAUAGAUGCUAUCGUUGCUAGUCCACCAUUGGCCAGAGAUUUUUCCAUGGCGUAUGUCUGCCGCUGGAGUUUCCACCGGUGUUUCCAAUAGGCAGUCCAAAAAGGUGGCUCCGGUGUCUGAACUUUCCCACGCUUCUUGCCCUGCUUGUCUUUAACCCCGUCUCGCGCCAUCUCUGAGACUGAGACUCUGACGGCCAUCCUGGGUCAUGGUCAUCGACUCUCCUCUAAUGGAGCCCCUACUGGAUCCCAAUGGCCACGCUCCAGCCGUCGCCGCCGGCAGCGAUGAGAGCAGCAUCGUCGUGGGGAAUGGCUCGGAUGCCGACGGGAGCUGCCGCACUGGCGUGGCCAGCGCACACGCCGCCGAGGAGAACGACGACGAUGAUGUGGAAGGGGAGGAGAUGUCCGCAUCCAUGCAGCGCCGGCUGGACGAGAGCAGCGCCGUCGAGGGCGAGGAGGCGGGCGACGACGCGGAGGCCGACGAGAUGGCGGCGCGCAUGGAGCGCCGCCUGGCCGUGCUGCCCGGGAAGCCCCACGAGAGCGAGCCCUUCACCAUCUUCCGCGUGGCCGGGCCCAUGCGCGACCGCAACCGCCACCUCUACGAGCCGCAGAUGGUGUCCCUGGGCCCCUUCCACCGCGGCGCCGGCCGCCACCUCGACGCCAUGGAGGCGCACAAGUGGCGGUACCUCCGCGACCUCCUGGCCCGCGGCGGCGGCGCGACGCUGGCCGCGUACGCCCGCGCGGCGCGCGCCAUGGAGCCCCGCGCGCGGCGGCGGUACGCGGAGCCCGUGCCGCUGCCGCCGGCCGAGUUUGCCGAGAUGCUCCUCCUCGACGGCUGCUUCGUGGUGGAGUUCUUCCUCAAGGGCGAGGAGAAGGCCGACGACGCGCUCGUCGACGCGUCGUGGGCGAUGCAGAACGUGUACAACGACCUCUUCCUCCUCGAGAACCAGCUCCCCUUCUUCGUCCUCGAACGCUUCUACGACAUGGCCACCGGCGGGCUCGGCCGGGACCACCUCGUCACCAACGUCCUCGUCAAGUACCUCACCGUCGACAUGGGCGCCUCCCAGGACGCGGAGACCGCGCGGCCCCCCGACGGCGAGAUCCACCACCUGCUGCACCUGUACUACCACUGGUUCCUGCCGCCGGAGGACCGGCCCGGGAGCGGCGCUGGCGGCAAGUCGGAGGACGAGGCGUUGGAGGAGUGGAUGUCGAAGCCGGUGGACGAGCGCGUCCCGUGGCAGCUCCCGUCGGCGUCGGAGCUCAAGGACGCCGGCGUGACGUUCCGCGCCAAGAAGUCGCCCCGGAGCCUCGUGGACGUGACCUUCGACCGGCGCGGCGGCGUGCUGGAGAUCCCGGCGGUGGAGAGCUACACGAACCACGCCAUCUUCGCGAACCUGCUGGCGUACGAGCAGAGCCGGGGGCGGUGGGAGCUGCAGCGGCUGGUGAGCUACGUGCUGCUGAUGGCGUCGGUGGUGGACGCGCGGCGCGACGUGGAGAUCCUGCAGCGGGCCGGGGUGUUCGUGAAGGGCGACGACGAGACGGCGGCGUUCUACGCGCACCUCGGGGAGCUGUGCCCGCCGCCGGAGUUCGUGCAGAACUGCUACGCCGACCUGUUCCGCGACGUCCGGGAGCACUGCGGCCGCAGCUGGAACCGGCACCGCGCCGUGCUGGUGCACGACUACUUCAGCAACCCCUGGACCAGCAUGUCCGCCGCCGCCGCCGUCUUCCUGCUCGUCCUCACCGUCGUGCAGACCGUCUACACCGUGCUGCCCUACUACAACCCCAGUUGAUUAAUCAAGCGUCAGGAGGAGAAUUGACGUUGUGCCGUCACGCGGUCGUCUGCCUUACUAUGUUAGAGUACAAGUCACUCCUCUCGAUGAAUAAUUCCUCUUGCAAUAGUAUAAAUUCACAUGUUGUAUGACUCUACUCCUACCUGUAAAAAUUUAUUUCAAAAAAAAAACUCUACCUGUAAAAAAGGACCAGGCUAUUUAAGAUCACA